GCGGACUCGGCCUCGCGUCAUGUGACGCGUGAGCGACGGAAGGCGGAAGUGAUGGUGCCGGAGCAGCCCUCGGGAGCUCGGGGGCUGGUGUCGCGCCGGCGCCGGUAAGAAAGGACCGGGCGGAUGCGGAUCCGGGACUCGACGAUGGCGGCACGCGCCGGGCUGUGCUCACUGCUGGCGCUGGCGGUGCUUGCGGGUCUCGGGGCGGCCACGAAGGAUUCAGAGGAUGCCCGAUGUAAAUGCAUAUGCCCUCCUUACAAAGACAGUCGUGGCAAUAUUUACAACAGAAAUGUUACACAGAAAGACUGUGACUGUCUUCAUGUGGUUGACCCUAUGCCAGUCCUAGGACCUGACGUGGAAGCGUAUUGCCUACGUUGUGAAUGCAAAUAUGAAGAGAGAAGCACAUACACUAUUAAGGUUACAAUCAUACUCUAUUUAUCCAUCUUGGGGCUGCUUCUGCUAUAUAUGGUGUACCUUACCUUGGUAGAACCUAUCCUAAAGAGACGUCUCUUUGGACAUUCACAGCUUAUACAAAGUGAUGAAGACGUUGGGGAUCAUCAACCUUUUGCCAACGCUCAUGCUGUGCUGGCUCGUUCUCGGAGUCGUACCAACGUGUUGAACAAAGUGGAGUAUGCUCAGCAGCGUUGGAAGUUGCAGGUCCAAGAGCAACGCAAAUCUGUCUUUGACCGCCAUGUUGUGUUGAGUUAACUGAUAACUGGAAGAAAGCAAAAUGGACUAAUGGAACUAGCUGACUUAUGUCUUCCUGCUCCUACCACUUCUGAAGGGUUCUUUAACUGGUUUGUUAUUGUUGGCAAAAAAGCAUUUGAACCUUUUGCAAGAAUGUACCAGAGUGGAAGCUAUUAAAAAUAAAUACCUGUAAUUAGCCUAAAGCUAAUAAUUCUUUGUUUUCAGAUUGCUUUUGCUAACAGAACUAAAACAAACAAAAUCAAAGGUAUCUUUGGAUGUAACUCUGAUACUGUAUUUAUAAUUAUGACUUUAAGAUGGUUUUUAAAUGUAUAUUUCUCACUUCUGCUUCUGUGAUUUAAGUAGUAACAGGGAAUAUACUUGGUCACAAGAGUUUGGUUACAACUCACUAAUCACGUUACACAGACUUUUGUAAAUAUACUUGGGGUUUCUCCUGGUUACUUACAGCUGUGUAUUAGGAACCUAAAUCUUGUGGUGUAGUUUUCAUUUUUAAGAUUAGUGGGUGGUAUUCAUCACUUGGUUUGUGCACUGAUUCUUUGAGGAAGCUUAAAUGGACAGUGACUGUUGAUGAGCUGCAGACUUAAAGUACUGUGAUGUAGAUAAAUUCUAAUGCUGUGCACAUUAAGCCAGUUUGGCAUUUUACUCUCUUGAUUUGAUCAUUUAAUAUAUUGUGUAUGGUAUCUUACAAAAAAAUCUUUUCCCGUCUCUUCAUGAGUAAAGUCUCAGGAGUUAGUAGAUGAUAAAGUAUUUAUUUUACAGCAACCACAAGGAAAAAACCCUUUUGCAUUUGUCUCCAGUGAUGGUCUAAUGCACAUACCUUUAACUAGCGCCUGUCAUCUUGGGACUAGCUGUACUUUUUUUUUUUUUUUUUUAACUGUGGUUCUGUGCUCAUCCCUCUAAGAGGUGUAUACAGGUUAUUAACUUUCAUAUAUCCUCUUUGGAAUGUAACAAUUAAAAAUGAUUGUGCUGAUUUUUGAAAAGCCUA